CCAUUGGCUGAAUUUGCCCCUCCCCGAAUGCUUUUUGGGGUAGAAUUCAAAGCUUUCCACGCUUUAAUUUUAGGAUUUGCCGCAAAACUUUUUUUUAUCUUUAAGACAUCAGCCAUGCAUAAAGUUUGUUCUCGGCUGCACGGUCCGUCUCUGUUCGGGAAAACGGACCAGCGGAUUUUAGUGGAAGCGUGUGUGAAAUUCCACAGAGGUUGCGGUGUGCUUUGCCAGAAAUCAGCCGUGAAACACCCACCACCUGUGCUGCCCCAGAUUCCCCCAUGUGACUUUAAACCUGAGCCGUAUCAGGGCAUGUCUAAAGACAGGUUACUUGAGAUAAGGAAAAAUAACUGCAACCCCAUGACCAUGAAGGUAACGUACUACAAGAAGCCAGUCUUCAUAAACCAGGGUUACAUGCAGUGGUUGUGGGACGUGGACGGAAGACGCUAUCUGGACUUGUUUGCGGGGGUCGCCACUAUUAGCGUAGGACAUUGUAACCCGAAAGUGACAGAGGUGGCUGAGAAACAGCUGAGGCGUCUAUGGCACACGACAGCCAUCUAUGUCUAUCCACAAAUGCAGGAGUAUGCUGAGAAACUGGCCUCUCUUUUGCCAGACCCAUUGAAGGUUGUCUAUUUUACCAACAGUGGCUCGGAGGCUAACGACCUCGCAGUACUAAUGGCCCGGCUUCACACAGGAAACUUUGAUGUCAUCACGCUGAGGGGUUCGUAUCAUGGUGGCAGUCCACAAGCGACUGGCCUGACGUCCAACGCAGAUUACAAAUAUCCCGUCCCCUCUUCUAUGGGCUGCCAUAAUACCAUGUGUCCGGAUGUGUUCAGGGGCCUCUGGGGAGGAAGCCACUGUAGAGACUCCCCAGUUCAAACCAUCCGAGAAUGCAGCUGCUCCCCAGGUCACUGUCAGGCCAAUGACAUGUAUAUUAGUGAGCUCAAAGAGAUGUUCGCCACAACCGUCCCCAAUCGCAUCGCCGCUUUCUUUGCAGAACCCAUCCAGGGUGUUGGCGGGGCUGUUCAAUACCCAAAAAACUACCUGAAAGACGCCUACCAGCUUGUUCGGGAAAAAGGAGGAAUCUGUAUCGCAGAUGAGGUCCAAACUGGCUUUGGCCGCACAGGGAGCCACUUUUGGGGUUUCCAAGGACAUAAUGUCCUUCCAGACAUGGUUACCAUGGCAAAGGGCAUAGCGAACGGCUUCCCAAUGGGGGCUGUAGUCACCACAGCAGAGAUUGCCAGGUCAUUUGGGAAAGGAGUUCAUUUCAACACAUUUGGAGGAAACCCAUUAGCCUGUGCAGUGGCCUCAUCUGUGUUAGAUACAAUAAAAGAGGACAAGAUGCAGGAGAACAGUGCUGAGGUGGGGACAUAUCUGCUGACUGAAUUGGCCAAACUCAGGGACAAGUACGAGAUCAUCGGUGACGUGAGAGGAAAAGGUCUUCAAAUCGGGGUGGAGAUGGUCAAAGACAAGGCCAGCAGAGACCCGCUCGAUCCUCAGGCCAUGGCUGAGAUCUUCGAGGACGCUAAAGACAUGGGCGUACUGAUUGGAAAAGGGGGACUGUAUGGACAGACUUUCAGGAUCAAGCCUCCUAUGUGCAUAACUAAAGAUGAUGCAGACUUCUUCCUCGCUGUGUUCAACCAGGCAGUGCAAAACUACAUGGAGAGAAGAUAAGACACCCAGAACAAGAUAAGACACACUGGCUCAUAUUUCAUCUGGAGAAUUAUUCAUUAGAUAGCAGGUCUGGGCAGUUCAUCUACAGACCACCAGGACCACACAUUUUCACUCUCACAUUCCUUAAUAUAUGAGCGAGAUGUCAAGCUUUCAGUCAUUAAUCAGAGUACACUAUACUUCAGAAACCUAGAACCUACACAGUGUACUUAUAAGCACUUGAGCUUGAUCUGAGGCCUGACUGACCAGCUCUUUCAAGAACUGGGAUUAGAUUUACUCUCAAAUAAUUUAGGAGACUUAUCGCUUUACUUAAAAGAAGUGUUGUAGAAAAACAAAUAAUGCUAAUCAAGAAUCAGUAUCGUCUAACAAUACAGCAUGAUUUGGUAAUUGUCUUUACUGCUGAAAAUAACAAAUAUUGUUUCUUGCGAUGCUAAAAGCACACAGUUGUGGCUUUUUAAAUGUAUUUAAACAGCAGUUCUGCAUUUUCAGUAAAAAGGCACUUUAAUACAUAAAUGUGUUCGGAGAGGGAUUAAAUUCAAAUCUGACCCACUUCAAAUGACAUUCAUAUAUACGUCUAUAUGAUUAAGCCAAGGUCACUUUUAUAAUAAAUUAAUCUGUUGAUGCUUUAAAUGUUAAUGUGAAGUUAGAUAUUUUUGUUCUGUAAUAAAAGCAACUGUAUAUUAAAUAAGCAUGUGAUGUUU